ACACUAUUUCCCCAGGAUACACCCAUCAUUACAGAAGAUAAAAUCUCACCAGUUCAUGUUUUAUUGGCUUGGCUUCUCCCCGGAAUUGUCUUUGAGAAAUUUAUAAAUACAUAAUAUGUCAGUUUCUCCAAUUACUACAAGUUCCUCUGGGUUCUCUAGAUUAAUGUUUCUUGUAUUUUCCAAAUCAAAGUGUCAUUAGAAGCUAUGUGACCAUGUAUGAAUGCCUUUUUGCUCCCUCUUGUCCUUUCAUCUCCAAGUCCUUAGCCCAUUUCAUGCUGGUUUCCCCAUCUCCAGUUUCCCUUUGAUCUCCCUCCAUGCUAAUGUUGCUGUUUCUGAUGUCAAAGCAGACACUUGUGGUUUCACUUCCUAGCCUUGGUCCCACCAGUGCCUUUGGCACCGUGCACCCCUCUCUUGCUGAAGGGCCCUCUUCCACACUUGUGUCAGUGUGGUGCUUUUCUGACAAUGUUGCACCAGCCUGACUCUUUCAGGAUUCUCCAUUUUUUCCUCAAUCUUCACUUCACUACCCUUUAAAUUAAUGUUUGGGGUAAACCCAAUGCUGGUAUCAAAAGCUACUGCCUGAAGUUACUUAGUUAGAUAUCAACAUUUACAGCUUCCCAAACUCUUUCUCUGCCUCAGUUUCCUUCUUCAUAAAUAAUUGUAAGAAUAACUACAUAAAGACUGUCAACCACUUUGACUCCUUUUGACUGUCAACCACGGUUGAUGCUGAAGGUCUCUUUCAUACUGGCCAGCUAUCCACAUACCCACAGACAUGUAUCCUGCAGUCUCUAAGCUAAAAUCAACUUUCUUUUCUGAAGAUUUCUGCCAUUUGUACCUCCACAAUGCUCUGACCAAGGUACUCCUCAUGUCUUUCUUUCCCUAAACUGUCUGGAGUGGAAGAACAGAUGUUCUUUGCUCCUCUCCUCACUUUCAUCAGUCUCCUGGAAUAUGAUAUAGUCCUUAUGUUUGAAAGAAUAAAUUGGUAAAUACAGUGAACAUGUUCAUGGGAGUGAGUGUAAACCAGAGACCUUGUACGUGCUUCUCAGCAGGUUCUUCCCUGUUAUCCCAGUCAAUACACAUUUGGCUGCAGAUGUUGACUAUAUAAUUUAUUAAUGUCCCAGUACAUAACAAUGAUGUAAUAGUUUCUGGAAUGCUGUGCCUUUGAGUACACAGUGUAUGUAAACCUGAUUUUUGUCAGCAGUCCACAUUCAGCAUUUGAGAAUAGGUCUCUAGCAAAAGAGUCACACCAGGCUUGGUGUUAGCUUAGGCAGUUUCCCCAUUCAAACCAUUCCCACCAUGCUAUUUACUGCAUUCUAGUUUCCUAACUAUUAACCUGGUGGUUUCAGUGUGCUAGAGGUAACUAAAAUGGUUGGAUUUGUUUUAUGAUGACUCGUGGCCGAUUUGUCUCAUGAAGAACAAAAGAUGAAAACAUGUCAUUGGCAGUCCAAUUAAAAUCACGCCUGUGGGGAUACUGCUUUAAAAGUGCCAUGUGAAUGGGACGGGAGUCUGACAACUGAAAGUUGUGCUGCUGGUGACCUUGUUACAUGCCGCUUUGCUGAUUCAGUUCUAAGUUGAUGUUAAUAUUCAAACAGCGAAAGCAAGCACCACAGAUUUCAGUAGAGAAAAUCAUUUUUAAUUCAUAAUGCAUAGCAUGUGAUUUUUAGUUUCCAGGAUUUAUUUUUUUUUUCCCCUUACAUAUUGGAGAAACUAUUCUAGCUUACCUGGAACACAGUAGAGCAGAUUUUGUUGGAUUGGGCGGAAAGAAUAUUAAGUACCUCCAGGCUGACUCUCUGUAAAAGAAAACUUCAUCUCUGUUCUCCUGAGGGCUGUAUGUAGAGAGCCUGUGUUUUUAAUGAAUGAUUAGCCUCCGAUAUGCAUAAUCAGAGUUACUCCAACAGUAACAGACACUGUGCCAGAAACACUCCCUUUACCCUUCAGAGAUGCUGAAUCUGAAAUACAGCACAAAGCACUGUUGUGUAAAGAAUAGCAAAGAUGACUGAAGUCGCUGCAGCGUAGGAGGGUGCAGAUGACAAGCAGCUGAAAAGAUCUUGUUGUUCCAUACGAGAUCACUGUCUACACCAGCGAUAUCUUUGGAGCUGGCACAGAUGCAGACGUCUUCAUUGUUCUCUAUGGAAGCGAUGCAAUCUGCACUCAGCAAAAAUCCCUGUGCCUCAACAAGAGAGAGCAAAGGAUGUAUUUUGAAAGGAACUCAGUGAAUCAGUUCAUCGUGGAGCUGGAGGAUGUUGGUGACAUUAUUGAAAAGAUUCGCAUAGGACACAACGGUGGAGGGUUGAAUUCUGGAUGGCAUUUGGAUCGUGUGGCAAUUCGAAGACUGUUACCAAAUGGGAAGGGCUCGGAAACUGUCACAUUUCCAUGCGAAAGAUGGCUUGCAAAGUCUGAAGAUGAUGGCGAGAUUGUCAGAGAACUGGUACCAUCUGAUAUUUUUACUGAAAAGCUCAUGAAGGACGGGACCCUCAAACAGAUAGAAGAAGAGGUUGAAGACCCAUUAGAAGUUCACACAUACAAAAUCAGCGUGUUCACUGGAGAUAUCUACGGUGCUGGGACAGAUGCUAAUGUUUUCCUAAAUAUCUAUGGAGAUCUGGGGGACACCGGACAGAGGAAACUCAGCAAAUCUGAAACAAACUUCAACAAGUUUGAAAGAGGACAGGAGGACACAUUUACAAUACAGGCUGUGGACCUUGGCAUUUUGUACAAGAUCAAGAUUCGUCAUGACAAUAGCAUGUUCAGUCCUGACUGGUUCCUGGAAAAAGUAGAGAUCCUGGACGAAACCACAGAGGAAUCAUUUGUGUUCCUGUGCGAACGCUGGCUCUCCAAAAAGAAAGAGGACAAAAAGAUAGAGCGUACGCUUUAUGAACAGACCUAUGAUGGUGAACGGAACAGCCUGAGUGGUUCAUCUCUCAGCCUGUCGAGUCAGGAUAGCAACGCAGACUUGAAGGAAAAGAGAAAAUCCCGUUUGGUCAAGGCAGCAGAAGAAGGAUUAUUGAUCCCAUAUCACAUCACCGUCACGACAGGCACAGAGUACGACUCCAGCACCGACAGCCGAGUGUACAUCAUCAUCAUGGGCCAGAAAGUGCAAACGGAGAGGCUGUGGCUGGAUCUCCCAGAAGGAAAAGAUGAGUUUGCAGACGGCUCCAUAGAGAAAUUCUCUGUUUGGGGCCUGGAUGUUGGGGAGAUCAAAAAAGUGGAGGUGGGGCAUGACGGUGCUACCCCUGAGAGCUGCUGGCUGGUGGAAGAGCUCACCAUCGUCGUGCCCACCAAGGGUGUCAUGUACAACUUUGUCUGUAAGUGCUGGCUGGCCAGAGACAAAGGCGAUGGUCUCACCUCCCGAAUCCUCAACAUCCUGGAUGCGGACUGUGUUAACAUCGGUCUAAAGAUCCUCUAUGAAGUCACGGUUGUGACUGGAGACAUCGAAAGUGGUGGUACGGAUGCCAGUAUUUUCAUGACUGUCUUUGGAUCCAAUGGGAACACCGAGGAGAUACAGCUGGAAAAAAAUGGAGACAGAUUUGAGCGAGGCCAAGAGGACAGCUUCAUUAUGGAGAUUGCUGACAUCGCACCCCUGAGGAAGAUGAGGAUCCGGACGGACGGGAAGGGGACGCGCCCGCACUGGUUCCUGGAAAGGAUAGUCAUGAGGAACCUGACUAAUCAGGAAGUGGCCACAUUUACUUAUGGUGAAUGGCUGUCAAAGGUGAAAAAUGCCACGGGAAGUCUUGUGUGCGAGAUGCCAGCCAUGAUAAAUGAUGAGCAGAUGAUGGAGGAUACAACGUACACAAUUCAGGUUAAAACCAGUGAUAUUGGAGGAGCAGGCACGGAUGCCAACGUGUCCUUGGUUCUGUUCGGGGAGAACGGGGACAGUGGGAUCCUUGCCCUGAAGGAGUCCAACAAGUCCAACAAGUUCGAGAGGAACCAGAUGGACGAAUUCAACUUCUCCGACAUGCUGAGCCUGGGAGACCUCUGCAAAGUGCGGAUCUGGCACGACAACAAAGGAAUAGCACCGGGUUGGCACUUGGAAUACAUCGAUGUGACGGACUCCGCCAUGGACAAGACAUUUCGCUUCCAGUGUGACCGCUGGCUGGCUAAAGGUGAAGACGAUGGGCAGCUCAUAAGGGAACUGGCUUGUGCCAAUAAUGACAUCUUGGAACUGAAGGAGCGGACUGCCUAUGAAAUUGUCACUGUAACAAGCGACAGAGAGGAUGCGGAAACGAAGGAAAACAUCUGGAUCAUCUUAGAAGGGAAACUGGGCCGCUCAAAAGAAUUCCUUAUGGAAAACUCCUCCAAGAAAAGGAGAUUUGAGAGGGGAGCAACAGACACAUUUCAGUUUUCUUCAAAGAACCUUGGUGACAUUGCAGCCAUCUGCGUUGGUCACUGUCCAAAAGAUGGAAAGAAGUCAUCUGCGAAAGCUGAUGUCUACUGGCAUGUCCAGGAGAUUAUCGUAACAGAGCUGGAGCUUUGCAACAAGUACUUCUUCAGGUGCAACGUGAAAAUCCCGCUGCGGUACAAGAGACGGGACUACAAAGUCUUUGAGUGUGCCAAGGUCACCGAGAGCUUUGCCAGCAAAGCCCGCAGCUUGGUGCCAGUCAAAUACGAGACCAUCGUGGUCACGGGCUUUGAGAAGGGGGCAGGGACAGACGCCAACGUGUUCAUCACCAUCUUCGGGCUGAACGGGGACUCGGGCAAGCGCGCCCUGAAGCAGAAGUUCAGGAACCUCUUUGAACGGGGCAAAACCAACAGGUUCUACCUGGAGACGUUGGACAUGGGCGAGCUCAAGAAAGUCCGGAUCGAGCACGACAACAGCGGGCUGGCACCCAGCUGGCUGGUGGAGCGGGUGGAGAUCACCAACUCGGCCACCGGCGUCACCACCAUAUUUCCCUGUGGGAAGUGGCUGGAUGAGAACCGGGGCGAUGGGUUAAUCUGGAGGGAGCUUUUCCCUAGGUACUGAGGAGCGUUUUGCUCCCUUCAGGACAUGCGUUUUUUUCCCACUAUGCAGUUUUUAUAUUGCAUUUUCCUUUUCAGAAUGCUGCCUUUUUUAUGGAGAGAUUUUUAGUAGCAAGAUGUGCUUCCUGGGUUAAUAUUUUGUAAAAGUAAUACUGUUUUCUUUUUUUUUUUUUUUUUUUUUUUUUUUUUUUUUUUUUUAAUGGAUAUAAAAUUGUGAACGAAAUAAAUUCAUUUCUUUCUUACCUACAAUUGGAGGUAACCGGUAGCUGACCCAUGAACUCCCCCAGCAGCAGGUCAGAUGCCACCUUCUGCUUUCAGCACCUUGCCCUGCUGGGGCUGGAAACGCCCACUGGCCUCCACACUGUCUGCUUCCCUUUUGGGGUGAAUAAAGAGAAGUAUGACAUUGAGACAAAAUAUUUAAGAAAAUUGAAUUGGGACAUCCCGGUUUUGUCUCACAUCACUGCAGCACGUGUUCCUACGUAUGAACACUGCCUGGUCUCGGGCGGUGGGGUCUGGGGGCUGUUUUCCACCUGUGGGCUUUCCUCCCACGCCAGACCCAGCUCCCAGGCUGGAUUCAGAAGGUCCAAGGGCUCCAGCAGCCAGAGCAGCUCCUGGGAGCACACUAGCAGAGGACCCAGCAGACAACCCGUUCCACUUCAAGGAAGCUGUGCUAACUGUAUUCAAAGCUGGCUCAGGACAAUCUUGCCCUACAGAGCCCUGAACACCAACCCCCUUUCCGAGCAGCUGCCAUUCAUUUUAAUCUUUAAACUCUCACAGCCUUUAGUGGGAUGGGUUUGCCCAGCAGCCAGGCUUGCUGAGGAGGAGGAGGAGGCAGACCUUCAGCCCCCAGGGUGCUCUAACGAGCUCGGGCUUAUUAACGAGGCAGCCACAGAAGGGGUCUGCUCCCCCAGCCAAGUGUUGCAGCUUCAGCAGGUGGGGUGAAGGUUCCUCUCCUCCUCCCGACACGCAGCUGCCUGAUGCCCACCUACCGGGUGGUAGGACACGUCCCUUGGAGGGGGGGAUUGUGGUGUCUGAGCUGCCUUGAGAAGACUUUCCUCCUGGCCCGGCUGUGUCCUAGGAGAGCUCCUUCCCCCUCCCAGGGUGAUCCCUUCAUGCAUAUAGGGAUCAAAAGGGCUGAGAGUGGGUUAAACUGAUUGUUUUGGAGUAGAGUGAGUGGGGUACGUGCUCCCAGUAAACCUCAUCGCUGGUCACUGAUGGAAGGACAACAGCAGCCCUCAGUGCUCCCCCCCUCCCCAUGCACUGAUGACCGAGCUCUGAGCAAGGACUGAGCCAGGGCUGGGAGCUCACAGGAGGAGCCGAAGGGACCUUGGGAGGCUUGGAGGUGUGUGCUGGGGCCAGCAGGUAUGUUUUCAUCCCCAAGACCCCCAGGGAAGGGGCUCACACUGGGUACACAGCAUGGCU